AUGGCCAAGUCCAAGAACCACGCCACGUGCAACCAAUCCCAGAAAUGGCACAGAAACGACAUUGAAAAACCCUGGUCACAACGAUACGAAUCUCUUAAGGGGGUGGACCCCAAGUUUCUGAGGAACAUGCGCUUCGCCAAGAAGCACACCAAGAAGGGCCUGAAGAAAAUGCAGGUCAAAAAAAAAAAAAAGAAAAUGCAGGCCAACAACGCCAAGGCUGGGGCUGCUCGCGCCAAGGCCGUCAAGGAUCUUGUGAAGCCCACAGAGGUCAAGGGCAAGAUCCCAAUGGGCGUCAACUGCAAGCUCAGCCGACUGCCCUACAUUGCCCACCCCAAGCUUGGCAAGCGGGCUGGGGCAUGUAUUGCCAAGGGUCUGAGGCGCUGCCGGCCCAAGGCCAAGGCACAAAGCAAGGCUGACGCUCCAGCCAAGGCCACGACUCCAGCAAAAUCUCCCAAAGGCGUCCCGGCCCCAGCUCAAGGCCCCAAAGGCGCCCAGGCGCCCACAAAGUAG